AUGGAGAUCCAACAAAAUCUAUUCAAGUACAAGCUCCACAUCAUCUCCGCCUCCGUCCUCUCCCUCCUGGCCGCCUCGCUAAUCUACCUUGCCCCGAGAUUGCUUGCCAUUUUGGCCUACUUCUGGCCCCUCUACCUCUCCACCGGCCUCUUCCUCGUCGCCAUCGUCUUCUUCGGCAAGACUUCCCCUCUCGCCGCCGAUCCCGAUCCCUGCGGCGACAAAGCCGCGAAAGGCCUGCUGGACUACGUCGCCUGCCAACCCCCCGCCGUCGAGGCGGAUCCGCCGGAGAGCUUCACCUCCGGCCAGUUGGAACACGAAACCGAUGACUGA